GGGAGGAACACGCCCAGCGAGCACGAGAGCUGCUCGUCAAGAGGGGCAUGAUGAGGGCGCCCAGACGGGGAUUCUCCUUGACCGACUACCAAGGCCAGAACGACGGGCCACAUUUCUACCACGCCGCCGUGGCUGGGACUGUUGAUCGCAUCCCAGAACACGCGGUCGUGCCCUCGACGCCCGUUUCCAAGCACCUGCCGCUCCCGCAGCGGCCCAAGCUGCCUCCCCCUCGCCGGUCGCACUCUGUGACGGACAAGGAGCCGGAGCCGGCCAACCAGCCACGACCAUCCUCCCGCCUCACCCUGCUGGACCUUCCCUCGGAGCUGCAUUAUGCCAUCUUCGACUUCCUCGACCCCAUUGACGGCGCAUGCUUUGGACUGGCGCACUCCAAGCUGUACGAAAUCCACAAGCGCAAGAACGGGCUGGUCCCGCUGUCCAGCCGAUACUCGGGCCCCAACGACAUUGAGUGGGCAUGGCGAGGCGCUGGUCCUCUUGUGCACCCCAAGUCCUCGGCAACCGAGAGCGAGCUGGAGAGGCUUCGCGUCAAGGGCCAGGUGUACUGUCGCAAGUGCGGCAUCUCGCGCUGCGAACUGCACCGGCACCUGAAGGACUGGUUCGGCAAGGACUACGAAUACUGCGAGAUCAAGGAGAUGUAUGGCCCGCCCGCCGGGCCUAAUGCCAAGGGAUACUGCUACAUGAAGUCGCCCAAGAAUCCUCACGGAUGCGGACGCCAUGGACCCAAGAAGAAUUAUAGGCGCUUUUGGACGGUGACGGGG